AUGCAGAACAACUUACGUCUGUCUUCGCUUCUGUUCGACGAAAUCUCCAUGAGAGAUCGAAAGGGAUCAUCAGCCACGGCGGCGAAUAGCCCACCUCCGCGAUUCUCCAAGCUCUCCAACCUCUUCCGUUCCGAACCCAUCACCCAAUCCAACAGUGAGGACGACCUCCCCAUCCCUACCGCCGCCCCCACCUCGACCGUCAGCCCCGCCUACCUUUCCGAGCGCAACCCCACCAGUGCCACGACCUCUCCAUACACUCUCUCUCCCUGGAAUCCAGCGGCCUCCCCCUUCGCCGAGUCCCCGUGGACUCAUCUCCCCCCUCUUUCCGACGAACCCCACUCCGCCGGCCUCCUCGGCUCCCUCGUCCGGGAGGAGGGCCACGUCUACUCCCUCGCCGCCGUCGGCGACCUCCUCUAUACCGGCUCCGACAGCAAGAACAUCCGCGUCUGGAAGGGCCGCCACGAGUUCGGCGGCUUCAAGUCCGGCGGUGGCCUCGUCAAGGCCAUCGUCAUCUCAGGUGACAAGAUCUUCACCGGCCACCAGGACGGCAAGAUCCGCAUCUGGAAGAUUUCCUCCAGAAACCCCAACGUCCACAAGCGCAUCGGAACCCUCCCGAGGCUCAAGGACUUCCUCAAGAGCUCGAUGUUACCCUCCAACUACGUCGAGGUCCGGCGGCACCGCAACGUCGUCUGGCUCCGCCAUUUUGACGCCGUCUCCUGCCUCGCCCUCGACGAAGACGCCGGGCUCCUCUACUCCGGCUCCUGGGAUAAAACGCUGAAAGUCUGGAGGAUUUCCGACUCCAAGUGCUUGGAAUCGAUCAAGGCCCACGACGACGCCAUCAACGCAGUGGCCGUGGCGGGUUUCGACGGGCUGGUGUGCACCGGCUCCGCCGACGGGACGGUGAAGGUGUGGCAGCGGGAGUGGGUGAAUAAGGGUGGCGCAACCCGGCACGUGGCCGUUCAGACUCUGCUCCGGCAGGAGAGCGCCGUGACGUCCCUGGCGGUGGCACCGGCGGCGGGGGCUGUCUACUGCGGGUCGUCGGACGGGCUGGUAAACUUCUGGAAGGUCCGUGGUGGCGGGAUGCUGCUGGCCCACGGUGGGGUACUCCGCGGGCACAAAAUGGCGCUGCUGUGCCUCACGGCCGCUGGGAGUUUGGUCGUGAGCGGGUCGGCGGAUGCCACGCUGUGCGUGUGGCGUAGGGAGGAGGGUGGGGCCCAUACUAAGCUCGCGAUAUUGGCCGGCCACGCGGGCCCCAUUAAGUGUUUGGCCAUUGAGGAGGACGGGGACGGUGGGCCCAGUGGCCCACAUUGGGUGGUGUACAGUGGGAGCUUGGACAAGUCGGUCAAGGUGUGGCGAGUGUCGGAGCGGGCGUCUGAGGCGGGCAUUCGGACGCCGCAGCACGUGCGGGUCGAAUCUGAGGCGGGGCCUUGGCGGUCGCCUUUGCACGUGUGGGCGACCGGGGGCGGCGGUUCAUAGGGGUCGGGAGGUCGCUCUUCAUGUACCGGACGAGCAACGGCAUUGGUGGGUCCCAAAAGGACUACGAUUCACCGGUGGGCCCGGAGUUAAAAGGGUGGCAGGACGGCGUGCGAGCUGCCGCAAGUGCUCGUGUAGGAUGUUGACUGGCUCUUUGUGGUGGAAGAAGAUGUUUGUACCAGCCAAAGAUGGCCCUUGGUUUUUAAUGUCCAGGCGAGAAGACAGUAAUACAAGAGGUGAUAAAUCCAGCUAAUCGUGUGCGAGAUUGCUUGUCAUGAUAGGGUGGAGUGGAUGCCAUGAAGGUUUUAAUGAAAACAAUGAUUAAGAUAGAAAUUUGCGUGAGAUUUAUGGUACCAAUGGAUAUUGUACCAAAUAAAUCAUCAU